AUGUUGGGCUCCACUGUGCUAUCCUUUUUCCGGGGGCUGACCCGCAGGAAGCCCCUGGAGCCAGAGGGGGAGGUGUCCAGCUUCCGCCGCUGCCUGGCCACUGUGGACCUGGUGGCCCUGGGGGUGGGCAGUACCCUGGGGGCGGGGGUGUAUGUGCUGUCGGGGGAGGUGGCCAGGGACAUAUCCGGCCCCAGCAUCAUCAUCUCCUUCUUCAUCGCCGCAAUGGCCUCCAUUUUCGCCGGGCUGUGCUACUCGGAGUUCGGCUCCCGGGUUCCCAAGACAGGCUCCGCCUACCUCUACAGCUACGUGACUGUAGGGGAGGUGUGGGCGUUCAUCACAGGAUGGAACUUACUCCUGUCCUACGUCAUUGGUGCAUCAAGUGUGGCGCGGGCCUGGAGUGGCACGUUUGACAAUCUAAUAGGAAAUGUUAUUGCAAACUACUUCAGCAAACAUGCGGCUAUGGGUUUGCCGGGGCUGGCCGCUUACCCAGACGUCUUUGCAGCUGCCCUCAUCAUGCUCUUAGCAGGUCUGCUGGCGUUUGGAGUGAAGGAGUCCACAACUGUUAAUAAGAUCUUCACCAGCAUCAACAUCUUGGUGCUGCUGUUUGUCAUCAUCUCUGGGUGCAUCAAAGGCAACCUUGACAACUGGCACAUCAGUGAGGCCACCAUCCUGAAUGCCACAGCACAUACCGAAAACAUUUCCUCAACCAUGAAUCUGACGAGUGAGUAUGGGACUGGCGGAUUCUUCCCUUACGGAUUUGAAGGAACUUUAGCUGGAGCGGCAACCUGUUUCUAUGCCUUUGUUGGGUUUGACUGCAUUGCCACUACAGGUGAGGAGGUGAAGAACCCCCAGAGGUCCAUCCCCCUGGCCAUCGUGUCCUCUCUGCUCAUCUGCUUCCUGGCAUACUUUGGCGUGUCAGCGGCCCUCACCCUUAUGAUGCCCUACUACCUGCUGGACAUCCACAGCCCCCUGCCCAUGGCCUUCACCUACAUUGGCUGGGGUGCCGCCAAAUACGCGGUUGCCGUAGGGUCCCUCUGCGCCCUCUCCACCAGUCUACUUGGUUCCAUGUUCCCAAUGCCACGAGUCAUAUUUGCCAUGGCCAGGGAUGGACUGCUCUUCAAGUCCCUUAAGACUGUCAACUCUCGGCAGAGUCCUGCAGUGGCCACACUGUCCUCUGGCACUGUGGCAGCGAUCAUGGCCCUCUUGUUUGACUUGAAGGCUUUGGUCAACAUGAUGUCCAUCGGGACUCUAUUUGCCUACACGCUAGUGGCUAUUUGCAUUCUCAUUCUUAGGUACCAAGCAGAACCCUCUGAAGACUGCAAACCUGAAACAGUCCCCAAAAUGAGCUUUUUAAAACCUCCCUCAUACCCAACUGCAGAAACCUCUAAAACUGUCUCAACAUUUACAAUGAUAAUCAUCGUCCUGGUGAUCGCUCUGACCGUCAUCACGACGAAGGGCAUGGGAUCGUUGCUGCGCAAAGAGGUGUGGAGUCUGCUGUGCGUUGCUCUGAUCCUCCUGGGGGUGGCGCUCCUUACCCUGCUCAUCUGGAGGCUGCCUCAGAGUCCCACCAGGGCUGCUUUCAUGGUACCCUUUCUGCCAGCACUGCCUAUUGUCAGCGUCUUUGUAAACAUUUACCUGAUGGUCCAGCUGGGACCGGACACCUGGAUCCGCUACGCCGUUUGGAUGGCAGUGGGACUCCUCAUAUACUUCGGUUACGGGGUCCGGCACAGCGUGCAGAAACAGCGUCUGCUCUGCGCGCAGAACCCAUUCGACAUUCAGACCGUCAAGACCGCCCCAGAGGGGGGCGGGGUCAGCACUGAGGAGGGCGGAGCCAAAGCUGAAGGGAGGGCGGGGCUGGUCGCCUUGGCCCGUGAUUGGCAGGCCGACCACUGA